AUGGCUUGCAAGAUGAUCGCUGAAGACAAGAAAUUACAACGGGGCUACCAUGCAGUGGGGUUUGGCAAAGGUGGGUUGUAUUUGAGAGCAGUAGCACAAAAAUGCUCAGACCCUCCUAUCUUUAAUCUGAUAACCCUAGGAACACAACACCAAGGAAAGUUUGGCAAAGCCGAAGAUGACAAGUUCUUAGCGGACAUAAAUAAUGAAGAUAUAAAUAACCCUAAUGAACUCUACAGGACAAACCUCAUCAAACUUAAAAACCUAGUACUUUACCGAUUUCAAUUUGACUCACAGAUUGAUCCACCAGAAUCUUCAUGGUUUGGGUUUUACGGAAAGGAUUAUGAACUAAGAUCAAUGGUCGAUUCGGAACUGUACAAAGAGGACAGAAUAGGGCUGAAAACCUUGAAUGAGGGUAAUAGGAUUCAUACAAUAGAAGGGAUGGGUGUACAUCUUCAGGUUUUAGACAACCUGUUCAUGAAAAGCAUAGUGAAACCGUAUUUGACUGAGAACUACUGGGUGGACACUGACAAGAAGUCCUCAUCGUAA